AUGGCAACGCUAACCGCAACCCCGCUGCCACCUCACAGGUUCGAACAGCAUGUCGGGUUUGACAACCUCCCGGUCGGAGAGGCCACCAAGAACAAUCCCUCGUCUUUUACUCUACAAGCGAGGCACCAGGGCUAUCAUGCGUCACGGAGAUCCCGCACCUUUAUGAUCGGCGUUGACGAGCACACCUACUCCCAGUAUGCGCUGGUAUGGUUGCUUAACAACAUGGUGGACGACGGCGAUGAGGUGAUUUGCGUGAGGGUCCUGGAGAGCCCUGUGCGGCCCGAUAAGAAUUACCAAGAAGAUGCGAAGAGGUUGUUGGAAACUAUCAAAUCCAAGAACGAGCUCAACAAAGCGAUCAGUAUUGUGCUGGAGUAUUCGGUGGGGAAGCUUCAUGACACAUUCCGGCAGUUGCUCGGGAUUUACAACCCCUCCAUGCUCGUAGUCGGCACUAAGGGACGGACGCUGGGAGGAUUGCAGGGGUUGAUGAAUGCGCGAAACUCAUUCUCAAAGUACUGCCUGCAAUACAGCCCUAUUCCGGUCGUUGUUGUUCGGCCAGACGACAAGCGACUUAAGAAGAAGGAGAAGCGGUCACAGGAUCCGACUCGACAGAGCUAUGCUGCCAUGCUGGCUUACAAUGCCGGCAAGCACGAGGCGGACAGCGAGGCAAGCAGCGUUUACGAGUUUGAGAAGGGAAUAUCGCCCGACGAAGAAGCGCAUCGAGUCGCCGCAGCCAUUGGGCUCCCUGCGAGGUUCGAUCCGACCAUAAAAGCAUACAAUCCCCGCGAUUCACUCCGCGAUUCGCAUCGUCGGCGGUCUUCGCCGUCGACAGCUGCUUCAGGAAGAUCGACAUCCCUUUCUCCGCCUCCGAUGCCCCUUCCAGGCGAGAGCGGCGACGAGGAAAGCGGCGACGAGGACGACGAGUUUGAAGUUGAGGCUGUCUCGGCUCGCCAGAUUACGCCCGGUGUACGCAAAAAUUCGGGGCUCGAGGAGCAGAAGGAGCGACUCCACGCUAUGGAGGUUGGAGAAGCAGCUGCGCUGCUCAAGUCUGGAAAAUCGAAAGAGGUGGAAGAGGACGACGAUGACGAUGAGUCGCAGGAGCGGACGGCGGAAGACGCUGCCAAAUCAUAG